AUGGCACUAGGAAUGGAUUCCCAGCCAUGCUUGACUUUGUACAAAAAGUAGUUGAAAAACUCAACGUUGAGGAGAACAGGGACCGUGUUUCAGUGGUGCAGUACAGUAGAGAUCCUGAGACCCAUUUCUAUCUAAAUACUUACUCGGAAGAGACAGACGUCCUCGACACCAUCAAGACUCUAAGGCACAGAGGUGGCAGACCCCUCAACACUGGGUCAGCUCUUCAGUAUGUGAGAGACAAUGUCUUCACUUCCUCUGCUGGCAGUAGAAGUCAACAGGGUGUCCCUCAGAUUCUCAUUUUGCUCAGUGGAUCAAGGUCAAACGAUAAUGUUGAUACACCUGCCUCUGCUUUGAAAGAAAGUGGGGUCUUGAUUCUUGGUGUUGGCACCAGGAAUUCGAGCAGAGAGAUUCAGAGAAUUGUCAGUGAUCCUUCAUAUGCUCAGUCUAUUUCUGAGAUCUCUGACCUUCCCUCUGUCCAGCAGCAGUUUUUGUCCACUCUCGCAAGCACAGUUUCAUAUGUGACGCCGGUGAAACCUACAGUCAUAGUUGAGCCUGAAGCACAAAGGAGAGAUGUUGUUUUCCUGCUGGAUGGGUCAGAUGGCACACGCAGUGGGUUCCCUGCAAUGAAGGACUUUGUGCUAAGAGUGAUGGAGAAGUUGAAUGUGGCUGAGGACAAAGACCGUGUUUCUGUAGUCCAGUUCAGCAGAGAUCCUGAGACACAUUUCUAUCUAAACACGUACACAAGAAAGGAUGACAUAGUGGACACGGUUAGUGUUCUGAGGCACAAAGGAGGAAGACCCCUGAACACGGGGGCGGCUCUCCAGUACGUUAGAGACAAUGUCUUCACUGCCUCCUCAGGCAGCAGACGACUAGAGGGUGUGCCACAAAUACUGAUCCUUCUGAGUGGCGCAAGGUCAUUUGACAAUGUUGAUGUCCCGGCCUCUGCUCUGAAAGAUCUGGGAGUCUUGAUAUUCACAAUAGGAUCACGAGGCUCCGACAGCAGAGAACUGCAGAAGAUUUCACAUGAGCCUAAAUACGCUCUGUCUGUGUCAGAUUUCACUGAGCUCCCAAAUGUCCAAGAGCAGCUUGUCAACACUGUAGAGGCUGUUUCUGUUCCCAUCACUCCGGCAUCACCAACUCCUACUGUUGAAUUUGACAUCAGCAGAAGGGAUGUUGUCUUCCUGCUGGAUGGUUCAGAUGGCACUAGGAAUGGAUUCCCAGCCAUGCUUGACUUUGUACAAAAAGUAGUUGAAAAACUCAACGUUGAGGAGAACAGGGACCGUGUUUCAGUGGUGCAGUACAGUAGAGAUCCUGAGACCCAUUUCUAUCUAAAUACUUACUCGGAAGAGACAGACGUCCUCGACACCAUCAAGACUCUAAGGCACAGAGGUGGCAGACCCCUCAACACUGGGUCAGCUCUUCAGUAUGUGAGAGACAAUGUCUUCACUUCCUCUGCUGGCAGUAGAAGUCAACAGGGUGUCCCUCAGAUUCUCAUUUUGCUCAGUGGAUCAAGGUCAAACGAUAAUGUUGAUACACCUGCCUCUGCUUUGAAAGAAAGUGGGGUCUUGAUUCUUGGUGUUGGCACCAGGAAUUCGAGCAGAGAGAUUCAGAGAAUUGUCAGUGAUCCUUCAUAUGCUCAGUCUAUUUCUGAGAUCUCUGACCUUCCCUCUGUCCAGCAGCAGUUUUUGUCCACUCUCGCAAGCACAGUUUCAUAUGUGACGCCGGUGAAACCUACAGUCAUAGCGGAAAGAAGAAUGACCAGGAGAGAUGUAGUGUUCCUUUUGGAUGGUUCAGAUGGCACUAGGGAUUCUUUCCCUGCAAUGCGUGACUUUGUGCAAAGAAUGGUGGACAGGUUGAACGUGUCAGACAGGAGAGACCGUGUGUCGGUAGUCCAAUUCAGCAGAGAGCCAGAAGCCCAUUUCUAUCUUAACACGUACACAACAAAGGAGAGCGUUCUCAACACUGUUAGAGGUCUACGGCACAGAGGGGGGCGACCCCUCAAUACAGGAGCAGCUCUCCAGUAUGUGAGAGACAACGUCUUCACUGCCUCUUCCGGAAGCAGACGUCUAGAGGGUGUGCCUCAGUUACUGAUUUUGUUGAGUGGCGGAAGGUCGUUUGAUAACAUUGACAUGCCAGCCUCUUCCCUGAAGGAGCUUGGAGUCUUGACCUUCGCCGUAGGAUCAAGGGGCUCCGAUAGUAGAGAAUUGCAGAAGAUCUCAUAUGACCCUAGUUCUGCACUCUCAGUGACAGACUUUGCUAAUCUCCCCACUGUCCAAGAGCAGCUUUUCUCCAGAAUUAACACCGUACGCGAAGAGACCAAAACUGUCUCUCCAACACAGAUAGUUGAGCCUGAAGCACAAAGGAGAGAUGUUGUUUUCCUGCUGGAUGGGUCAGAUGGCACACGCAGUGGGUUCCCUGCAAUGAAGGACUUUGUGCUAAGAGUGAUGGAGAAGUUGAAUGUGGCUGAGGACAAAGACCGUGUUUCUGUAGUCCAGUUCAGCAGAGAUCCUGAGACACAUUUCUAUCUAAACACGUACACAAGAAAGGAUGACAUAGUGGACACGGUUAGUGUUCUGAGGCACAAAGGAGGAAGACCCCUGAACACGGGGGCGGCUCUCCAGUACGUUAGAGACAAUGUCUUCACUGCCUCCUCAGGCAGCAGACGACUAGAGGGUGUGCCACAAAUACUGAUCCUUCUGAGUGGCGCAAGGUCAUUUGACAAUGUUGAUGUCCCGGCCUCUGCUCUGAAAGAUCUGGGAGUCUUGAUAUUCACAAUAGGAUCACGAGGCUCCGACAGCAGAGAACUGCAGAAGAUUUCACAUGAGCCUAAAUACGCUCUGUCUGUGUCAGAUUUCACUGAGCUCCCAAAUGUCCAAGAGCAGCUUGUCAACACUGUAGAGGCUGUUUCUGUUCCCAUCACUCCAGCAUCACCAACUCCUACUGUUGAUUUUGACAUGAGCAGAAAGGAUGUUGUCUUCCUGCUGGAUGGUUCAGAUGGCACUAGGAAUGGAUUCCCAGCCAUGCUUGACUUUGUACAAAAAGUAGUUGAAAAACUCAACGUUGAGGAGAACAGGGACCGUGUUUCAGUGGUGCAGUACAGUAGAGAUCCUGAGACCCAUUUCUAUCUAAAUACUUACUCGGAAGAGACAGACGUCCUCGACACCAUCAAGACUCUAAGGCACAGAGGUGGCAGACCCCUCAACACUGGGUCAGCUCUUCAGUAUGUGAGAGACAAUGUCUUCACUUCCUCUGCUGGCAGUAGAAGUCAACAGGGUGUCCCUCAGAUUCUCAUUUUGCUCAGUGGAUCAAGGUCAAACGAUAAUGUUGAUACACCUGCCUCUGCUUUGAAAGAAAGUGGGGUCUUGAUUCUUGGUGUUGGCACCAGGAAUUCGAGCAGAGAGAUUCAGAGAAUUGUCAGUGAUCCUUCAUAUGCUCAGUCUAUUUCUGAGAUCUCUGACCUUCCCGCUGUCCAGCAGCAGUUUUUGUCCACUCUCGCAAGCGCAGUUUCAUAUGUGACGCCGGUGAAACCUACAGUCAUAGUUGAGCCUGAAGCACAAAGGAGAGAUGUUGUUUUCCUGCUGGAUGGGUCAGAUGGCACACGCAGUGGGUUCCCUGCAAUGAAGGACUUUGUGCUAAGAGUGAUGGAGAAGUUGAAUGUGGCUGAGGACAAAGACCGUGUUUCUGUAGUCCAGUUCAGCAGAGAUCCUGAGACACAUUUCUAUCUAAACACGUACACAAGAAAGGAUGACAUAGUGGACACGGUUAGUGUUCUGAGGCACAAAGGAGGAAGACCCCUGAACACGGGGGCGGCUCUCCAGUACGUUAGAGACAAUGUCUUCACUGCCUCCUCAGGCAGCAGACGACUAGAGGGUGUGCCACAAAUACUGAUCCUUCUGAGUGGCGCAAGGUCAUUUGACAAUGUUGAUGUCCCGGCCUCUGCUCUGAAAGAUCUGGGAGUCUUGAUAUUCACAAUAGGAUCACGAGGCUCCGACAGCAGAGAACUGCAGAAGAUUUCACAUGAGCCUAAAUACGCUCUGUCUGUGUCAGAUUUCACUGAGCUCCCAAAUGUCCAAGAGCAGCUUGUCAACACUGUAGAGGCUGUUUCUGUUCCCAUCACUCCGGCAUCACCAACUCCUACUGUUGAAUUUGACAUCAGCAGAAGGGAUGUUGUCUUCCUGCUGGAUGGUUCAGAUGGCACUAGGAAUGGAUUCCCAGCCAUGCUUGACUUUGUACAAAAAGUAGUUGAAAAACUCAACGUUGAGGAGAACAGGGACCGUGUUUCAGUGGUGCAGUACAGUAGAGAUCCUGAGACCCAUUUCUAUCUAAAUACUUACUCGGAAGAGACAGACGUCCUCGACACCAUCAAGACUCUAAGGCACAGAGGUGGCAGACCCCUCAACACUGGGUCAGCUCUUCAGUAUGUGAGAGACAAUGUCUUCACUUCCUCUGCUGGCAGUAGAAGUCAACAGGGUGUCCCUCAGAUUCUCAUUUUGCUCAGUGGAUCAAGGUCAAACGAUAAUGUUGAUACACCUGCCUCUGCUUUGAAAGAAAGUGGGGUCUUGAUUCUUGGUGUUGGCACCAGGAAUUCGAGCAGAGAGAUUCAGAGAAUUGUCAGUGAUCCUUCAUAUGCUCAGUCUAUUUCUGAGAUCUCUGACCUUCCCGCUGUCCAGCAGCAGUUUUUGUCCACUCUCGCAAGCGCAGUUUCAUAUGUGACGCCGGUGAAACCUACAGUCAUAGCGGAAAGAAGAAUGACCAGGAGAGAUGUAGUGUUCCUUUUGGAUGGUUCAGAUGGCACUAGGGAUUCUUUCCCUGCAAUACGUGACUUUGUGCAAAGAAUGGUGGACAGGUUGAACGUGUCAGACAGGAGAGACCGUGUGUCGGUAGUCCAGUUCAGCAGAGAGCCAGAAGCCCAUUUCUAUCUUAACACGUACACAACAAAGGAGAGCGUUCUUAACACUGUUAGAGGUCUACGGCACAGAGGGGGGCGACCCCUCAAUACAGGAGCAGCUCUCCAGUAUGUGAGAGACAACGUCUUCACUGCCUCUUCCGGAAGCAGACGUCUAGAGGGUGUGCCUCAGUUACUGAUUUUGUUGAGUGGCGGAAGGUCGUUUGAUAACAUUGACAUGCCAGCCUCUUCCCUGAAGGAGCUUGGAGUCUUGACCUUCGCCGUAGGAUCAAGGGGCUCCGAUAGUAGAGAAUUGCAGAAGAUCUCAUAUGACCCUAGUUCUGCACUCUCAGUGACAGACUUUGCUAAUCUCCCCACUGUCCAAGAGCAGCUUUUCUCCAGAAUUAACACCGUACGCGAAGAGACCAAAACUGUCUCUCCAACACAGAUAGUUGAGCCUGAAGCACAAAGGAGAGAUGUUGUUUUCCUGCUGGAUGGGUCAGAUGGCACACGCAGUGGGUUCCCUGCAAUGAAGGACUUUGUGCUAAGAGUGAUGGAGAAGUUGAAUGUGGCUGAGGACAAAGACCGUGUUUCUGUAGUCCAGUUCAGCAGAGAUCCUGAGACACAUUUCUAUCUAAACACGUACACAAGAAAGGAUGACAUAGUGGACACGGUUAGUGUUCUGAGGCACAAAGGAGGAAGACCCCUGAACACGGGGGCGGCUCUCCAGUACGUUAGAGACAAUGUCUUCACUGCCUCCUCAGGCAGCAGACGACUAGAGGGUGUGCCACAAAUACUGAUCCUUCUGAGUGGCGCAAGGUCAUUUGACAAUGUUGAUGUCCCGGCCUCUGCUCUGAAAGAUCUGGGAGUCUUGAUAUUCACAAUAGGAUCACGAGGCUCCGACAGCAGAGAACUGCAGAAGAUUUCACAUGAGCCUAAAUACGCUCUGUCUGUGUCAGAUUUCACUGAGCUCCCAAAUGUCCAAGAGCAGCUUGUCAACACUGUAGAGGCUGUUUCUGUUCCCAUCACUCCAGCAUCACCAACUCCUACUGUUGAAUUUGACAUCAGCAGAAAGGAUGUUGUCUUCCUGCUGGAUGGUUCAGAUGGCACUAGGAAUGGAUUCCCAGCCAUGCUUGACUUUGUACAAAAAGUAGUUGAAAAACUCAACGUUGAGGAGAACAGGGACCGUGUUUCAGUGGUGCAGUACAGUAGAGAUCCUGAGACCCAUUUCUAUCUAAAUACUUACUCGGAAGAGACAGACGUCCUCGACACCAUCAAGACUCUAAGGCACAGAGGUGGCAGACCCCUCAACACUGGGUCAGCUCUUCAGUAUGUGAGAGACAAUGUCUUCACUUCCUCUGCUGGCAGUAGAAGUCAACAGGGUGUCCCUCAGAUUCUCAUUUUGCUCAGUGGAUCAAGGUCAAAUGAUAAUGUUGAUACACCUGCCUCUGCUUUGAAAGAAAGUGAGGUCUUGAUUCUUGGUGUUGGCACCAGGAAUUCGAGCAGAGAGAUUCAGAGAAUUGUCAGUGAUCCUUCAUAUGCUCAGUCUAUUUCUGAGAUCUCUGACCUUCCCGCUGUCCAGCAGCAGUUUUUGUCCACUCUCGCAAGCGCAGUUUCAUAUGUGACGCCGGUGAAACCUACAGUCAUAGCGGAAAGAAGAAUGACCAGGAGAGAUGUAGUGUUCCUUUUGGAUGGUUCAGAUGGCACUAGGGAUUCUUUCCCUGCAAUGCGUGACUUUGUGCAAAGAAUGGUGGACAGGUUGAACGUGUCAGACAGGAGAGACCGUGUGUCGGUAGUCCAGUUCAGCAGAGAGCCAGAGGCCCAUUUCUAUCUUAACACGUACACAACAAAGGAGAGCGUUCUCAACACUGUUAGAGGUCUACGGCACAGAGGGGGGCGACCCCUCAAUACAGGAGCAGCUCUCCAGUAUGUGAGAGACAACGUCUUCACUGCCUCUUCCGGAAGCAGACGUCUAGAGGGUGUGCCUCAGUUACUGAUUUUGUUGAGUGGCGGAAGGUCGUUUGAUAACAUUGACAUGCCAGCCUCUUCCCUGAAGGAGCUUGGAGUCUUGACCUUCGCCGUAGGAUCAAGGGGCUCCGAUAGUAGAGAAUUGCAGAAGAUCUCAUAUGACCCUAGUUCUGCACUCUCAGUGACAGACUUUGCUAAUCUCCCCACUGUCCAAGAGCAGCUUUUCUCCAGAAUUAACACCGUACGCGAAGAGACCAAAACUGUCUCUCCAACCCAGAUAGUUGAGCCUGAUGCACAAAGGAGAGAUGUUGUUUUCCUGCUGGAUGGGUCAGAUGGCACACGCAGUGGGUUCCCUGCAAUGAAGGACUUUGUGCUAAGAGUGAUGGAGAAGUUGAAUGUGGCUGAGGACAAAGACCGUGUUUCUGUAGUCCAGUUCAGCAGAGAUCCUGAGACACAUUUCUAUCUAAACACGUACACAAGAAAGGAUGACAUAGUGGACACGGUUAGUGUUCUGAGGCACAAAGGAGGAAGACCCCUGAACACGGGGGCGGCUCUCCAGUACGUUAGAGACAAUGUCUUCACUGCCUCCUCAGGCAGCAGACGACUAGAGGGUGUGCCACAAAUACUGAUCCUUCUGAGUGGCGCAAGGUCAUUUGACAAUGUUGAUGUCCCGGCCUCUGCUCUGAAAGAUCUGGGAGUCUUGAUAUUCACAAUAGGAUCACGAGGCUCCGACAGCAGAGAACUGCAGAAGAUUUCACAUGAGCCUAAAUACGCUCUGUCUGUGUCAGAUUUCACUGAGCUCCCAAAUGUCCAAGAGCAGCUUGUCAACACUGUAGAGGCUGUUUCUGUUCCCAUCACUCCGGCAUCACCAACUCCUACUGUUGAUUUUGACAUGAGCAGAAAGGAUGUUGUCUUCCUGCUGGAUGGUUCAGAUGGCACUAGGAAAGGAUUCACAGCCAUGCUUGACUUUGUACAAAAAGUAGUUGAAAAACUCAACGUUGAGGAGAACAGGGACCGUGUUUCAGUGGUGCAGUACAGUAGAGAUCCUGAGACCCAUUUCUAUCUAAAUACUUACUUGGAAGAGACAGACGUCCUCGACACCAUCAAGACUCUAAGGCACAGAGGUGGCAGACCCCUCAACACUGGGUCAGCUCUUCAGUAUGUGAGAGACAAUGUCUUCACUUCCUCUGCUGGCAGUAGAAGUCAACAGGGUGUCCCUCAGAUUCUCAUUUUGCUCAGUGGAUCAAGGUCAAACGAUAAUGUUGAUACACCUGCCUCUGCUUUGAAAGAAAGUGGGGUCUUGAUUCUUGGUGUUGGCACCAGGAAUUCGAGCAGAGAGAUUCAGAGAAUUGUCAGUGAUCCUUCAUAUGCUCAGUCUAUUUCUGAGAUCUCUGACCUUCCCUCUGUCCAGCAGCAGUUUUUGUCCACUCUCGCAAGCACAGUUUCAUAUGUGACGCCAGUGAAACCUACAGUCAUAGCGGAAAGAAGAAUGACCAGGAGAGAUGUAGUGUUCCUUUUGGAUGGUUCAGAUGGCACUAGGGAUUCUUUCCCUGCAAUGCGUGACUUUGUGCAAAGAAUGGUGGACAGGUUGAACGUGUCAGACAGGAGAGACCGUGUGUCGGUAGUCCAGUUCAGCAGAGAGCCAGAAGCCCAUUUCUAUCUUAACACGUACACAACAAAGGAGAGCGUUCUUAACACUGUUAGAGGUCUACGGCACAGAGGGGGGCGACCCCUCAAGACAGGAGCAGCUCUCCAGUAUGUGAGAGACAACGUUUUCACUGCCUCUUCCGGAAGCAGACGUCUAGAGGGUGUGCCUCAGUUACUGAUUUUGUUGAGUGGCGGAAGGUCGUUUGAUAACAUUGACAUGCCAGCCUCUUCCCUGAAGGAGCUUGGAGUCUUGACCUUCGCCGUAGGAUCAAGGGGCUCCGAUAGUAGAGAAUUGCAGAAGAUCUCAUAUGACCCUAGUUCUGCACUCUCAGUGACAGACUUUGCUAAUCUCCCCACUGUCCAAGAGCAGCUUUUCUCCAGAAUUAACACCGUACGCGAAGAGACCAAAACUGUCUCUCCAACCCAGAUAGUUGAGCCUGAAGCACAAAGGAGAGAUGUUGUUUUCCUGCUGGAUGGGUCAGAUGGCACACGCAGUGGGUUCCCUGCGAUGAAGGACUUUGUGCUAAGAGUGAUGGAGAAGUUGAAUGUGGCUGAGGACAAAGACCGUGUUUCUGUAGUCCAGUUCAGCAGAGAUCCUGAGACACAUUUCUAUCUAAACACGUACACAAGAAAGGAUGACAUAGUGGACACGGUUAGUGUUCUGAGGCACAAAGGAGGAAGACCCCUGAACACGGGGGCGGCUCUCCAGUACGUUAGAGACAAUGUCUUCACUGCCUCCUCAGGCAGCAGACGACUAGAGGGUGUGCCACAAAUACUGAUCCUUCUGAGUGGCGCAAGGUCAUUUGACAAUGUUGAUGUCCCGGCCUCUGCUCUGAAAGAUCUGGGAGUCUUGAUAUUCACAAUAGGAUCACGAGGCUCCGACAGCAGAGAACUGCAGAAGAUUUCACAUGAGCCUAAAUACGCUCUGUCUGUGUUAGAUUUCACUGAGCUCCCAAAUGUCCAAGAGCAGCUUGUCAACACUGUAGAGGCUGUUUCUGUUCCCAUCACUCCGGCAUCACCAACUCCUACUGUUGAUUUUGACAUGAGCAGAAAGGAUGUUGUCUUCCUGCUGGAUGGUUCAGAUGGCACUAGGAAAGGAUUCACAGCCAUGCUUGACUUUGUACAAAAAGUAGUUGAAAAACUCAACGUUGAGGAGAACAGGGACCGUGUUUCAGUGGUGCAGUACAGUAGAGAUCCUGAGACCCAUUUCUAUCUAAAUACAUACUCGGAAGAGACAGACGUCCUCGACACCAUCAAGACUCUAAGGCACAGAGGUGGCAGACCCCUCAACACUGGGUCAGCUCUUCAGUAUGUGAGAGACAAUGUCUUCACUUCCUCUGCUGGCAGUAGAAGUCAACAGGGUGUCCCUCAGAUUCUCAUUUUGCUCAGUGGAUCAAGGUCAAACGAUAAUGUUGAUACACCUGCCUCUGCUUUGAAAGAAAGUGGGGUCUUGAUUCUUGGUGUUGGCACCAGGAAUUCGAGCAGAGAGAUUCAGAGAAUUGUCAGUGAUCCUUCAUAUGCUCAGUCUAUUUCUGAGAUCUCUGACCUUCCCGCUGUCCAGCAGCAGUUUUUGUCCACUCUCGCAAGCGCAGUUUCAUAUGUGACGCCGGUGAAACCUACAGUCAUAGUUGAGCCUGAAGCACAAAGGAGAGAUGUUGUUUUCCUGCUGGAUGGGUCAGAUGGCACACGCAGUGGGUUCCCUGCGAUGAAGGACUUUGUGCUAAGAGUGAUGGAGAAGUUGAAUGUGGCUGAGGACAAAGACCGUGUUUCUGUAGUCCAGUUCAGCAGAGAUCCUGAGACACAUUUCUAUCUAAACACGUACACAAGAAAGGAUGACAUAGUGGACACGGUUAGUGUUCUGAGGCACAAAGGAGGAAGACCCCUGAACACGGGGGCGGCUCUCCAGUACGUUAGAGACAAUGUCUUCACUGCCUCCUCAGGCAGCAGACGACUAGAGGGUGUGCCACAAAUACUGAUCCUUCUGAGUGGCGCAAGGUCAUUUGACAAUGUUGAUGUCCCGGCCUCUGCUCUGAAAGAUCUGGGAGUCUUGAUAUUCACAAUAGGAUCACGAGGCUCCGACAGCAGAGAACUGCAGAAGAUUUCACAUGAGCCUAAAUACGCUCUGUCUGUGUCAGAUUUCACUGAGCUCCCAAAUGUCCAAGAGCAGCUUGUCAACACUGUAGAGGCUGUUUCUGUUCCCAUCACUCCGGCAUCACCAACUCCUACUGUUGAUUUUGACAUGAGCAGAAAGGAUGUUGUCUUCCUGCUGGAUGGUUCAGAUGGCACUAGGAAAGGAUUCACAGCCAUGCUUGACUUUGUACAAAAAGUAGUUGAAAAACUCAACGUUGAGGAGAACAGGGACCGUGUUUCAGUGGUGCAGUACAGUAGAGAUCCUGAGACCCAUUUCUAUCUAAAUACAUACUCGGAAGAGACAGACGUCCUCGACACCAUCAAGACUCUAAGGCACAGAGGUGGCAGACCCCUCAACACUGGGUCAGCUCUUCAGUAUGUGAGAGACAAUGUCUUCACUUCCUCUGCUGGCAGUAGAAGUCAACAGGGUGUCCCUCAGAUUCUCAUUUUGCUCAGUGGAUCAAGGUCAAACGAUAAUGUUGAUACACCUGCCUCUGCUUUGAAAGAAAGUGGGGUCUUGAUUCUUGGUGUUGGCACCAGGAAUUCGAGCAGAGAGAUUCAGAGAAUUGUCAGUGAUCCUUCAUAUGCUCAGUCUAUUUCUGAGAUCUCUGACCUUCCCGCUGUCCAGCAGCAGUUUUUGUCCACUCUCGCAAGCGCAGUUUCAUAUGUGACGCCGGUGAAACCUACAGUCAUAGCGGAAAGAAGAAUGACCAGGAGAGAUGUAGUGUUCCUUUUGGAUGGUUCAGAUGGCACUAGGGAUUCUUUCCCUGCAAUGCGUGACUUUGUGCAAAGAAUGGUGGACAGGUUGAACGUGUCAGACAGGAGAGACCGUGUGUCGGUAGUCCAGUUCAGCAGAGAGCCAGAGGCCCAUUUCUAUCUUAACACGUACACAACAAAGGAGAGCGUUCUCAACACUGUUAGAGGUCUACGGCACAGAGGGGGGCGACCCCUCAAUACAGGAGCAGCUCUCCAGUAUGUGAGAGACAACGUCUUCACUGCCUCUUCCGGAAGCAGACGUCUAGAGGGUGUGCCUCAGUUACUGAUUUUGUUGAGUGGCGGAAGGUCGUUUGAUAACAUUGACAUGCCAGCCUCUUCCCUGAAGGAGCUUGGAGUCUUGACCUUCACCGUAGGAUCAAGGGGCUCCGAUAGUAGAGAAUUGCAGAAGAUCUCAUAUGACCCUAGUUCUGCACUCUCAGUGACAGACUUUGCUAAUCUCCCCACUGUCCAAGAGCAGCUUUUCUCCAGAAUUAACACCGUACGCGAAGAGACCAAAACUGUCUCUCCAACCCAGAUAGUUGAGCCUGAAGCACAAAGGAGAGAUGUUGUUUUCCUGCUGGAUGGGUCAGAUGGCACACGCAGUGGGUUCCCUGCGAUGAAGGACUUUGUGCUAAGAGUGAUGGAGAAGUUGAAUGUGGCUGAGGACAAAGACCGUGUUUCUGUAGUCCAGUUCAGCAGAGAUCCUGAGACACAUUUCUAUCUAAACACGUACACAAGAAAGGAUGACAUAGUGGACACGGUUAGUGUUCUGAGGCACAAAGGAGGAAGACCCCUGAACACGGGGGCGGCUCUCCAGUACGUUAGAGACAAUGUCUUCACUGCCUCCUCAGGCAGCAGGCGACUAGAGGGUGUGCCACAAAUACUGAUCCUUCUGAGUGGCGCAAGGUCAUUUGACAAUGUUGAUGUCCCGGCCUCUGCUCUGAAAGAUCUGGGAGUCUUGAUAUUCACAAUAGGAUCACGAGGCUCCGACAGCAGAGAACUGCAGAAGAUUUCACAUGAGCCUAAAUACGCUCUGUCUGUGUCAGAUUUCACUGAGCUCCCAAAUGUCCAAGAGCAGCUUGUCAACACUGUAGAGGCUGUUUCUGUUCCCAUCACUCCGGCAUCACCAACUCCUACUGUUGAUUUUGACAUGAGCAGAAAGGAUGUUGUCUUCCUGCUGGAUGGUUCAGAUGGCACUAGGAAAGGAUUCACAGCCAUGCUUGACUUUGUACAAAAAGUAGUUGAAAAACUCAACGUUGAGGAGAACAGGGACCGUGUUUCAGUGGUGCAGUACAGUAGAGAUCCUGAGACCCAUUUCUAUCUAAAUACAUACUCGGAAGAGACAGACGUCCUCGACACCAUCAAGACUCUAAGGCACAGAGGUGGCAGACCCCUCAACACUGGGUCAGCUCUUCAGUAUGUGAGAGACAAUGUCUUCACUUCCUCUGCUGGCAGUAGAAGUCAACAGGGUGUCCCUCAGAUUCUCAUUUUGCUCAGUGGAUCAAGGUCAAACGAUAAUGUUGAUACACCUGCCUCUGCUUUGAAAGAAAGUGGGGUCUUGAUUCUUGGUGUUGGCACCAGGAAUUCGAGCAGAGAGAUUCAGAGAAUUGUCAGUGAUCCUUCAUAUGCUCAGUCUAUUUCUGAGAUCUCUGACCUUCCCGCUGUCCAGCAGCAGUUUUUGUCCACUCUCGCAAGCGCAGUUUCAUAUGUGACGCCGGUGAAACCUACAGUCAUAGCGGAAAGAAGAAUGACCAGGAGAGAUGUAGUGUUCCUUUUGGAUGGUUCAGAUGGCACUAGGGAUUCUUUCCCUGCAAUGCGUGACUUUGUGCAAAGAAUGGUGGACAGGUUGAACGUGUCAGACAGGAGAGACCGUGUGUCGGUAGUCCAGUUCAGCAGAGAGCCAGAGGCCCAUUUCUAUCUUAACACGUACACAACAAAGGAGAGCGUUCUCAACACUGUUAGAGGUCUACGGCACAGAGGGGGGCGACCCCUCAAUACAGGAGCAGCUCUCCAGUAUGUUAGAGACAACGUCUUCACUGCCUCUUCCGGAAGCAGACAUCUAGAGGGUGUGCCUCAGUUACUGAUUUUGUUGAGUGGCGGAAGGUCGUUUGAUAACAUUGACAUGCCAGCCUCUUCCCUGAAGGAGCUUGGAGUCUUGACCUUCGCCGUAGGAUCAAGGGGCUCCGAUAGUAGAGAAUUGCAGAAGAUCUCAUAUGACCCUAGUUCUGCACUCUCAGUGACAGACUUUGCUAAUCUCCCCACUGUCCAAGAGCAGCUUUUCUCCAGAAUUAACACCGUACGCGAAGAGACCAAAACUGUCUCUCCAACACAGAUAGUUGAGCCUGAAGCACAAAGGAGAGAUGUUGUUUUCCUGCUGGAUGGGUCAGAUGGCACACGCAGUGGGUUCCCUGCGAUGAAGGACUUUGUGCUAAGAGUGAUGGAGAAGUUGAAUGUGGCUGAGGACAAAGACCGUGUUUCUGUAGUCCAGUUCAGCAGAGAUCCUGAGACACAUUUCUAUCUAAACACGUACACAAGAAAGGAUGACAUAGUGGACACGGUUAGUGUUCUGAGGCACAAAGGAGGAAGACCCCUGAACACGGGGGCGGCUCUCCAGUACGUUAGAGACAAUGUCUUCACUGCCUCCUCAGGCAGCAGACGACUAGAGGGUGUGCCACAAAUACUGAUCCUUCUGAGUGGCGCAAGGUCAUUUGACAAUGUUGAUGUCCCGGCCUCUGCUCUGAAAGAUCUGGGAGUCUUGAUAUUCACAAUAGGAUCACGAGGCUCCGACAGCAGAGAACUGCAGAAGAUUUCACAUGAGCCUAAAUACGCUCUGUCUGUGUCAGAUUUCACUGAGCUCCCAAAUGUCCAAGAGCAGCUUGUCAACACUGUAGAGGCUGUUUCUGUUCCCAUCACUCCAGCAUCACCAACUCCUACUGUUGAAUUUGACAUGAGCAGAAAGGAUGUUGUCUUCCUGCUGGAUGGUUCAGAUGGCACUAGGAAAGGAUUCACAGCCAUGCUUGACUUUGUACAAAAAGUAGUUGAAAAACUCAACGUUGAGGAGAACAGGGACCGUGUUUCAGUGGUGCAGUACAGUAGAGAUCCUGAAACCCAUUUCUAUCUAAAUACUUACUCGGAAGAGACAGACGUCCUCGACACCAUCAAGACUCUAAGGCACAGAGGUGGCAGAACCCUCAACACUGGGUCAGCUCUUCAGUAUGUGAGAGACAAUGUCUUCACUUCCUCUGCUGGCAGUAGAAGUCAACAGGGUGUCCCUCAGAUUCUCAUUUUGCUCAGUGGAUCAAGGUCAAACGAUAAUGUCGAUACACCUGCCUCUGCUUUGAAAGAAAGUGGGGUCUUGAUUCUUGGUGUUGGCACCAGGAAUUCGAGCAGAGAGAUUCAGAGAAUUGUCAGUGAUCCUUCAUAUGCUCAGUCUAUUUCUGAGAUCUCUGACCUUCCCGCUGUCCAGCAGCAGUUUUUGUCCACUCUCGCAAGCACAGUUUCAUAUGUGACGCCGGUGAAACCUACAGUCAUAGCAGAAAGAAGAAUGACCAGGAGAGAUGUAGUGUUCCUUUUGGAUGGUUCAGAUGGCACUAGGGAUUCUUUCCCUGCAAUGCGUGACUUUGUGCAAAGAAUGGUGGACAGGUUGAACGUGUCAGACAGGAGAGACCGUGUGUCGGUAGUCCAGUUCAGCAGAGAGCCAGAGGCCCAUUUCUAUCUUAACACGUACACAACAAAGGAGAGCGUUCUCAACACUGUUAGAGGUCUACGGCACAGAGGGGGGCGACCCCUCAAUACAGGAGCAGCUCUCCAGUAUGUGAGAGACAACGUCUUCACUGCCUCUUCCGGAAGCAGACGUCUAGAGGGUGUGCCUCAGUUACUGAUUUUGUUGAGUGGCGGAAGGUCGUUUGAUAACAUUGACAUGCCAGCCUCUUCCCUGAAGGAGCUUGGAGUCUUGACCUUCGCCGUAGGAUCAAGGGGCUCUGAUAGUAGAGAAUUGCAGAAGAUCUCAUAUGACCCUAGUUCUGCACUCUCAGUGACAGACUUUGCUAAUUUCCCCACUGUCCAAGAGCAGCUUUUCUCCAGAAUUAACACCGUACACGAAGAGACCAAAACUGUCUCUCCAACACAGAUAGUUGAGCCUGAAGCACAAAGGAGAGAUGUUGUUUUCCUGCUGGAUGGGUCAGAUGGCACACGCAGUGGGUUCCCUGCGAUGAAGGACUUUGUGCUAAGAGUGAUGGAGAAGUUGAAUGUGGCUGAGGACAAAGACCGUGUUUCUGUAGUCCAGUUCAGCAGAGAUCCUGAGACACAUUUCUAUCUAAACACGUACACAAGAAAGGAUGACAUAGUGGACACGGUUAGUGUUCUGAGGCACAAAGGAGGAAGACCCCUGAACACGGGGGCGGCUCUCCAGUACGUUAGAGACAAUGUCUUCACUGCCUCCUCAGGCAGCAGACGACUAGAGGGUGUGCCACAAAUACUGAUCCUUCUGAGUGGCGCAAGGUCAUUUGACAAUGUUGAUGUCCCGGCCUCUGCUCUGAAAGAUCUGGGAGUCUUGAUAUUCACAAUAGGAUCACGAGGCUCCGACAGCAGAGAACUGCAGAAGAUUUCACAUGAGCCUAAAUACGCUCUGUCUGUGUCAGAUUUCACUGAGCUCCCAAAUGUCCAAGAGCAGCUUGUCAACACUGUAGAGGCUGUUUCUGUUCCCAUCACUCCGGCAUCACCAACUCCUACUGCUGAUUUUGACAUGAGCAGAAAGGAUGUUGUCUUCCUGCUGGAUGGUUCAGAUGGCACUAGGAAUGGAUUCCCAGCCAUGCUUGACUUUGUACACACAGUAGUUGAAAAACUCAACGUUGAAGAGAACAGGGACCGCGUUUCAGUGGUGCAGUACAGUAGAGAUCCUGAGACCCAUUUCUAUCUAAAUACUUACUCGGAAGAGACAGACGUCCUCGACACCAUCAAGACUCUAAGGCACAGAGGUGGCAGACCCCUCAACACUGGGUCAGCUCUUCAGUAUGUGAGAGACAAUGUCUUCACUUCCUCUGCUGGCAGUAGAAGUCAACAGGGUGUCCCUCAGAUUCUCAUUUUGCUCAGUGGAUCAAGGUCAAACGAUAAUGUCGAUACACCUGCCUCUGCUUUGAAAGAAAGUGGGGUCUUGAUUCUUGGUGUUGGCACCAGGAUUUCUGGCAGAGAGAUUCAGAGAAUUGUCAGUGAUCCUUCAUAUGCUCAGUCUAUUUCUGAGAUCACUGACCUUCCCGCUGUCCAGCAGCAGUUUUUGUCCACUCUCGGAACCACAAUUUCAUAUGUGACGCCGGUGAAACCUACAGUCAUAGCUGAGUCCCAGGGUCCCAAGAAGGAUGUUGUCUUUGUGAUUGAUGGAUCUGACGGUGUUGGGAGAGAGUUCCCCAUCAUCCAGGAGUUUGUCCGCAGAGUUGUGGAGAACCUAAAUGUUGGCGAAAACAAGAUCCGUGUAGGCGUAGUGCAGUAUGGAGACACGCCACGUCCAGAUAUAUACCUCAACUCACACAAGACCAAAGAAGGUGUUCUAACUGCUAUCAAAGAACUCAGACAACAAGGAGGAAGACAGCGCAACCUCGGAGCAGCCAUGACUUUUGUCAUUCGUGAAGUCCUGGAUUCAAGACGUGGUGGCAGGAAACAGGAGGGUGUCCCACAGUUCCUGGUAGUAAUUUCAGGAGGAAGAUCGACAGAUAAUAUAAGAACACCAGCAAAUACUCUGAAACAGACAGGAAUUGUGCCUUUUAGUAUUGGAACACGGGAUGUUGAUCCUCAAGAAUUGCAGGUAAUCUCCUAUGUUCCCAGUUUUGCCUACACCGUGGAUGAUUUGCCUGGCCUUUACACUGUCCAAGAUGACCUUAUCACCACAGUAACAGAGUUGUCAAAUGAAGAACUGGCCAGAUUGCAACCCCGGAUUUUUUACACCAAUAUGACAGUACCUCCAACAUCAAAUGGAGGGAAGAAAGAUGUUGUCUUCCUUGUUGAUGGAACAACUACGAUGCGCAGCGAAUUCCCAGCAAUACGAGACAUGAUUCAGAGGGUUGUGGAGAAGCUAGAUGUUGGUUUAGACAAAGUGAGAGUUUCAGUUGUACAAUACAGUGAAGAUCCCAAACGGGAGUUCCUCCUAAAUGAGCACUCCACCAAAGAAGAGGUUCUCCAGGCAGUGAGAAGAAUGAGAAGCAAAGGUGGCAGAGUACUGAACACUGGCCAAGCACUGAACUGGGUCUCAAAGAACAUCUACCAGAGAUCAGCUGGCAGCCGAAUCGAAGAGCGCGUACCCCAGUUUCUCAUCCUGGUGACGGGAGGAAAGUCAAACGAUGACGUAUCUGAGCCUGCCAAGCAACUCAAAUUGAAUGUUGUGGCUCCUUUGGCAGUUGGAUCAAAUAAUGCUGAUUUAGAGGAGCUGAAACUGAUCUCUCUGGGUUCAGAGCAUGCCUACACAAUUAGAGACUUCCGGCAGCUGCCAUCAGUAGAGCAGCAGCUUUUGGUUACAGUUAACACUAUGAAUUCUGAAGAAAUCAUCAGACGUGCAUCUACUGUGGAUACAGGCCUUAAUCUUGGAAAAAAAGACAUUAUCUUCCUUGUUGAUGGAUCUGACAACGUUGGACAAAGUGGAAUUGCACAUAUCCGUGACUUCAUUAUAAAGAUUGUCCAGCAGCUCAAUGUGCGGCCUGAUCAAGUGCGCGUGGCUGUGGUACAGUAUGCAGAGAGACCCAAGACUGAGUUUUCCCUCCUCACUCAUGACAACAAGCAGUCGGUCAUUUCAGCUGUCAAGAGACUGCGUCAUAUGGGUGGUCGUGGCACAAACCUAGCUGAGGCUAUUGAGUAUGUGAUUAGAAAUGAGUUGAAGGCAUCUGCAGGGGCUCGGGGUUCAGAGGCCUCUCAGCAUUUGGUGGUGCUCACAGGUGGAAGGUCCACCUCUGAUGUCUCUGCAUAUGGCCCACUCCUCAAAGGCGCUGAGGUGAAUUGUAUAGGAAUUGGCGCUGGGGCAGCAGAUUCCAGGCAACUUAGACAGAUUGCAACCACACCAGAUGAUGUUCUACAUGUACCUACCUUUCCCGCACUUCCAACCAUUCAGGAUCCAUUCAUUGCAAGACUCAAUGGAUCAAUAUCAGUUGAACCUCCCAUUGAUGAGCCCACCCCAAGCCUUCUUCCAAAUGCUAAGACUGCAGACAUUGUCUUUUUGGUUGAUGGUUCAAUUAACCUUGGCAGGAGUAAUUUCAAAGAGGUCAUGGAGUUUAUCAUCAACCUCAUCGACCUCUUCUUCACAGAAAAUGACAACCUUCGAAUUGGUCUGGCGAGCUAUGCUGCAGAUGUGACUGAUGUUUUCUAUCUCAAUACACAUAACAAUAAGGACGAAAUCAUCACUGCCAUUGGCAAGGCAGAAUAUAAAGGUGGCCGGGGGAUUAAUACUGGCAAUGCCAUUAAGCACAUUCAGCGAGCACACUUUGUGAAAGACAGAGGUAGUCGGAAGGAUGAAGGUGUCCCUCAGAUCCUGAUGUUGGUCACUGGUGGACGUUCUCAAGAUGAUGGUAAAGCAGCAGCGCUGGGCCUUAAAUCCACAGGUGUGCGCUUAUAUGCUAUUGGUGUUGGUGAUAUUGAGGAUGAGCUUAAUGACUUAGGCAGUGAGCCAACAACAGUGGCCCGGGCCAGCAACGUCCAAGAGCUUUCUGAGUUGAAUGAGCAGAUUUUGGAAACACUUGACGACGAAAUCAGGGGAAAAUUGUGUGUAGGAGGGACUGAGCCUGCAAAAGUUUGCAACUUGGAUGUCCUUGUGGGCUUCGAUGUAUCUUCACAGAACAUCUUUGUGGCUCAGAGAUCAUUGGAGUCCAAGAUGUCUGCCAUUCUCCAGCGAAUUACCCAGAUGCAGGCAAUCAGCUGCUCUCCUAAUCAAGCCCCAUCAAUACAAGUAGGCAUAUUGGCAAUGGACUCUGCCUCUGAGCCUGUUCAGCUGGACUUCACUGACAGCUACACGCAGCUCAUGGAGUCCUUCAGGGCCCUGCGCAGCCGUGGACCCUUCGUCCUGAAUGGCAAAACCAUUGAUGCAUAUAUUGCAAGAUUCAGGAACCAACCUUCAGGCAGAGUAAAGGUUGUAAUCCACCUCACCGAUGGACUAGAUGCCCAGUAUAACAUCAUGAAACAGCGAGUUGAGCAGAUGCAGACUGCAGGCAUCAAUGCCUUCGUCUUGGUUGCUCUGGAGAGGGUACCACGGUUUGAGGAAGCAGUAUUACUGGAAUUUGGGCGGGGUUUUAGGUACACACGCCCUCUGCGUGUUAACCUAAUGGACUUGGACUAUGAACUGCUGGAGGAACUGGACAACAUUGCCGAACGAGAGUGCUGCUCUGUGCCUUGCAAGUGCACUGGCCAGAGAGGAGACAGAGGAUCAGUCGGCCUUCCUGGACCAAAGGGACUACCAGGCGGCCAGGGCUACAGAGGACAUCCUGGUGAUGAAGGUGGACCUGGAGAGCGAGGUCCUCUCGGGGUGAAUGGCACUCAAGGUUUCCAAGGAUGCCCAGGGCCAAGGGGUGUAAAGGGUGCACGAGGGUACAAUGGUGAAAAGGGAGAGACUGGAGAAAUUGGGCUGGAUGGUAUCAAUGGGGAGGAGGGCAAGAGUGGAGUUGCUGGCCCACCAGGAGACAGAGGCAACCCUGGCCGGAGGGGUCCUAAAGGUGCCAAAGGCCAGGCAGGAGAUGUGGGCCAGACUGGUAUACGAGGAGAUCCAGGCACAACGGGGCAAGACAACAGCCAGAGAGGACCAAAGGGAGAUCCAGGAGAUGCUGGACCACCGGGAGAGCCUGGUGAGGACGGUAGGAGAGGAGAGGCAGGAGAACCAGGCAGACGGGGUGCUGAUGGUAGGAGAGGACCACCUGGACAAGCUGGUCCUCCUGGAAAGCCUGGUGAAAACGGUCUCCCAGGACAGCCUGGAAUUGGAGGGUCUCGGGGUCCCAGUGGACCUAUUGGAACACCAGGAAGCAGGGGAGAGGAUGGCAACCCUGGACCGAGAGGCGCUGGAGGAGCCCAAGGGUCUCCUGGAGAGAAGGGCAGACGAGGGCCAGUUGGACGCAAGGGUGAACCCGGUGAAACGGGACCAAAAGGCACCGUGGGACCACUGGGACCCAGAGGAGAACCUGGCGAAGAUGGGCGGGAUGGAUUUGGCGUAUCUGGUCCUAAAGGAAGAAGGGGUGAUGAAGGUUUCCCAGGAUAUCCUGGUCCAAAGGGAGCAGCUGGUGAGUCUGGAACCAAGGGAGCACCUGGACCUAAAGGAAACAGUGGACAGAGAGGCGUUGCUGGUGGUAUUGGUGGGCCUGGACAGAAGGGAGAGGUUGGCCAUCCUGGACCUUAUGGCCAGAAAGGACCCAGAGGACCAGGCGUGGUGCCCUCAACGCAGUGUGACCUGGUCAAGAAAAUCAGGGAUAACUGUCCUUGCUGUUAUGGUGCUCAGGAGUGCCCUCUCUAUCCCACUGAGCUGGCCUUUGCCUUGGACGCGUCUAGCGGUGUAUCACGAGGUAGUUUUAACAACAUGAGGGACGCUGUGGUUCGCCUGGUGCGAAACAUCACCAUCACAGAAAGCAACUGUCCACGAGGAGCUCGAGUGGCCCUGACACUCUACAACAGCGAGGUGACCACUGAGAUCCGCUUUGCAGAUGCCUUGAAGAAACGUGCACUGGUGGAACGUGUAGAAGGCCUGCAGGCCCUGCAGACUAAUAAGCAGCGAAGCCUGGAGACAGCCAUGAACUUCUUGGCACAAAACACCUUCAAGAGGGUGCGCAGCGGCUUUCUGGUGCGAAAGGUGGCUGUGUUCUUUGUGAAUGGCGCUGUUAGGCCUGGAGCAGAGUUCAGCGCUGCUGCAUUGCGCCUCUAUGAUGCUGGAAUUGCGUCUGUCUUCCUCGUGUCCCGCGAGGAUCGUGCACUUGUCAGAGCCCUGCAGCUCAAUAACACUGCACUGGCCCAAGUUCUGGUCUUACCCCCUCCUGGAAGCAGCGAGUACAACUCAGUUAUCACCAAGAUAAUGAACUGCCACAUCUGCCUAGACUUCUGCGCUCCUGAUCAGAUAUGCGACUAUGAGCCACCUAUAAGCAGGGGCAGAAGGGCCUCCACCACUGACCUGGACAUUGACAUGGCCUUCAUCCUUGACAGCUCUGAGAGCACUUGGCCUAAUGUCUUCACAGACAUGAAGCAAUAUAUUGCUCAAGUGGUGGAUAACCUGGAGAUCUCCACGGAGCCGGCUGCGACCUCGCAUCAGGCUAGAGUCGCAUUAGUCCAGCACGCGCCAUAUGAGUACCUGCACAAUGGCAGUGGCAUUCCCAUCAGCGUCGCCUUUGGCUUGACUGACCACAAGUCGGCAAAGGACAUCCAGAGCUUCCUCAUGGACAAGGUGUACCAGCUGGAAGGUGGCCGUGCUCUGGCAGCUGCCCUGGAGAGCACAGUAGAGCAUGUGUUUGAGAAAGCACCAUAUCCACGCCACCUGAAGGUGCUGAUGCUGCUGGUGACUGGGCCAGUGGAAGAGCAUGAGGAGAGGCUGGUGAAGGCUGCCAUUGAGGCUAAAUGCAAAGGGUACUUCAUUGUAGUGAUAAGAAUCGGCAAGCAGAUCAGUGCUGGAGAUGCCCGUGUUCUGGCCCAAGUGGCUAGUGAGCCUUCAGAUGUGUUCUACAAGAACGCAGAUGGACCUGCAGGCUUCUACGACAGCCAUCUUCAGAUCUUUGCCCAGCUACUACCCAAGUACCUCAGCAUGGAGAAUGUCUUCUACAUGUCCCCUAACGUCUCAAAGAACUGCCAGUGGUAUCAGAGUGACCAGCCAGGAAAAUCCCCCUUCAGAUCAUCACAUUUACAUGAGAAGAGCCACAAACAGCACCAACAGCAGGAGGUUCAUGAACAAAAACAUAAAGAACUAAACACAGAAGACCUGCACCUCGUCAACGUCACCGCCACAGGCUUCACUUUGUCCUGGGUCAGUGAUGAUCCAAAGGCCACCCAUGAGGUCACUGUGACUCACAUGAGAGACCAAAGAGUGAUGCUGCAACUGAACACAACAGACCACCAGUUCACUGUCCAUCAGCUGGAAGCUGCCCAAACCUAUCAUGUAGUGGUCAACAGCCGCAACCUUAAGGGACAAGUUACCAGGACCUACAAAGGCGUCAUUACCACAAAAUCAGCAGAGCUCAGAUACGUUCCUGGGAGUGAAGUGACCGGCGUAGUGUCGACUGCACCGCUGAGUAAACCAGAAACUGACCCAUGCUCACAUGACUUUGACAGCGGACUGCCAUGCAAAGACUAUGAGGCUAAGUGGUACUUUGACAAAAAGAAUGGAUUCUGUUCCCAGUUCUGGUACGGAGGUUGUGGAGGCAAUGAAAAUAGGUUUGAGACCGAGGCACAGUGCCUCAGACGCUGCAAGAAUACAGUUCUGGAGCCGCAGCCGCUGCAGAGUGACGAGGUCAAAUUAGAGGUCCAUUCUGCUCCAGGUUCCUCAUUACUGCACUGUCCUCUCUCCUCAGGAGUGGACAUAUGUAAGCUGCCCAAACAGGAAGGUGCCUGUGCCAAGUUUGUACUGAAAUGGUUCUACGACUCCGUCAGUAACAGCUGCACUCGCUUCUGGUAUGGAGGCUGCGGCGGCAACCAGAACCGCUUUGAAACACAGGAGGAGUGUGAGAAGGCGUGUGGAAAAGCAGCACAUGUUAAACAAGCACCUGUCGUUGCUGCGAUGAGAACAUAGAACUAACACUGAUGAAGAUUCAAGAUUCACCUCUGCUCAGAGGAAAAAAGCACCAAAAGCCAAGAUGCCUGCACUGGAUUCUGCCAAAGGAAAACCUUUGAAGUCAUACUUUCCCACAAAAGGAGAAAAAGGCAAAUAUGUUGCUGCAUGAUAUUUUCGUACUGGUGCUACACAGAGUUGUUGUUUUUGUUUCCCAGAGUAUUUUCCAGUGUCUAAAAAGUAAAAUCCCAGGACAAAAGAGAUGUUUUUAUGUUGUUGUGUUUUUUUGUUGCAGUUUUAUAGAAAAGUCAUGUAUGAAUGUGAUGAAAGCUUAUCAAUAAAUCAGUUUUGUUAUAGAGCAAGAUGUUCAGCCUAGUGUUCAGUCCAUAUAGUGAAUUUUACUCCAGGUGCCCUCAAUGCGCUUCCACUGCUUGUUUACAAGAAUCCUUUUAUUCUUUUUCUCGUUUUCUGUUUUUUUUUUUUUUGCUUGCUUGCUCUGGUCACAUUGCUGGGACGGCACUCAGACUCGUAAAAGCUCAAGAUGUUUCUCAUUUAAAGAAUCCACACUGAUGUUUACGCGUCUAACUGAAUCUGGCAGAGUUAAAACUCUAAAUUACCAUAUCUGUCAUCUCCUCUGCCAGUGAAGAUCAGCCACCCUUUAACUGAAUAUGCGCUUCUGGAACCUCCGGCUGAGAACGCAGAUGUGCUGAUAAAAAAUGGAAACACUUUAUUCAGAAUUCAUCAUAGACGCUCUGUAACUUAAGUUCGUUUUUACUUUUCUUUAUCCCUAAAUCUUAAACCUAAACUCUAAACCACUCCUAAUCUGAACCCUAUUGCUGUUGAGAACCAGCUCCAGGUUGAUUCGCCAGGUAUUUAUAUGUAAGCAGAUAUGAAUCAUUUGAGCCUCAGUAAAUGAUGUAUUAUGGACUUUGUAGCUGAACAUGUGGUGUUUUUCAACUUUGUGUUUUCAUUAGGCAACAGAAAGACGAAUAAACUGGUCUUUAUACUAA